ACGCCUCUUCUCUGUAGAGCCAGAGGCAACGGCGCCUCCCCUUGGAGACAAAAGAAAAUGGUACGUCCGGAAGAGACCUCAUGACUUCCGGGCUCGCCUUCCGCUCCCUCCGGAAGUGGCGUGCGGAGGCCGCCGGAUCGAGCCCGUGCUAGCAGAGGCCGCCGCCAUGGGCCGCGAGUUCGGGAACCUGGUGCGGAUGCGGCACGUCAUCUCCUACAGCCUUUCGCCCUUCGAGCAGCGCGCCUUCCCGCACUACUUCAGCAAGGGCAUCCCCAACGUGCUGCGCCGCACUCGCGAGCGCGUCCUCCGCGUGGUGCCGCCAUUUGUGGUGUUUUACCUCGUGUACACAUGGGGGAACCAGGAGUUCGAGAAGUCCAAGAGGAAGAACCCUGCGGCCUAUGCAGAAGACAAGUGAGCGUCAGAGCUCGAUGAGUUUCCUGCCUGAAGACCCUUCUGUGGGAGAGAAGUGUGUUCUGGAGUGUCUGGAAGACAAUAAACCACUUACUGGCCAUAC